UUCUCUCCUGUCAGCAUUGCUCGUCAACCGAUUCCCGAGUCCUCGCAGCUGAUGGACACGUUGUUGUUAUUGUUGUCAUAAUUUCGGACACUGGUUAAAUUAAUGCAACGAUGCCUCCCAAAAAUGGCCAGAAGGCAGGGGCUACUCAGUCCAAGAAAACGGAACAAAAGAAAAAAGAUAAAAUCGUCGAGGACAAGACUUUUGGUCUGAAAAAUAAGAAAGGUGCCAAACAGCAGAGAUUCAUUCAACAAGUACAACACCAGGUGAAAUAUGGUGGCAAUAAAUCAGCUCGAGAAUUGGAAAAGGAAAAAGAGAAUCUGCUGAAGAAGAAGGAAGAUAAGAAGAAGGAGCUGGCAGAAAUAAAUGCCCUCUUCAAGCCUGUCCAGCAGAUGGCUGGCAAAGGAACGGAUCCAAAAUCAAUUUUAUGUGCGUUUUUCAAGCAAGGAACUUGCACAAAAGGAGCUAAAUGUAAAUUUUCCCAUGAUUUGACUGUUGAACGAAAGAGUGAAAAACGAAGUGCUUAUGUUGACGUCAGAGACUGUGAAGAAACAAGUGCUGACUGGGAUGAAGAAAAGCUUGCUGAUGUGGUGGAGAAGAAGCAUGGCAAAGAGAAGAAUAAGCCUACAACAGACAUAGUGUGCAGGUACUUCUUGGACGCUGUAGAAAGUGGCAAAUAUGGGUGGUUCUGGGAUUGUCCAAAUGGCAAUACCUGUAUUUAUCGUCAUGCAUUGCCACCUGGUUUUGUCCUGAAAAAGGAUCGCAAGAAGUUGGAUAAACAAGACCAGAUCAGUUUAGAAGACCUCAUUGAAAGAGAGCGUGCUGCUCUUGGAAGCAAUACAACUAGAGUAACCCUAGAAACAUUCUUGGCAUGGAAAAAGAGGAAACUAAAAGAAAAGGAAGAACAGGAGAAGAAGGACUCUGAUAAGAAGAAAAAAGAUUACAAUAUGGGCAGGGAUGUUGGGUUAUCUGGAAGAGAAAUGUUCACAUUUAAUCCUAACUUAGCUUCUGGUGGCGAUGAUCUAGAAGAGGGCGACGAGUCUGUAGAUGUUAGAAACCUGGACAGGGAUCCUGAAGAUGACGAAGAGGAAGAUGAAGAAAUAAAUUACAAGGAGAUCAACGUGAAUGACCUGCUCUCUGAGUACCAAGAAGCAGAAGCUUCCUCUGGUCUUUCUAUAGCAAACCCUGAUCGACUGCAACAGCUACGAACUGAUCUUGGAUUGAAUGCAGCUGCUUCUAAUGCUGAUGGUGAUACAGAUGAAGGUGUGUCACAGGAUGAAGGUGCUGUGGGUGGUGUGGCUGAAGAUGAACCAUCUGUUGAUAUUGAUGAAGACCUGUUUGAUGGGGAUGAUGAUGAUUUAGAAGAAUUAGAAGAAGAACUAGAAGAUAUGACUGUAGUAUAGUAAUUUCAGGACUUAUUAGAAUACUAAGAGUUUGAUGCACUGGAUAAACACUUCUUAUCAUUGCUGGGUCUUUAGACAGCAGUACUGAUGCUAAUUUUAUAAGGACAAAUAAAAUGAUAAGCAGUACAUUAAGCGAGAAGAUAAACUCUUGAGUGUUACUUCGUAUGUCUUGGAAGUGACUUGCUUUCAUUGCCAAUUUAACAGUUUAUUAUAGUUUACCAUAUUGGUUUCCCCUCUUAAUUUUAUUUUGAUAGUAAAUAAGUUAUGCAUAUUUAAUGGCAUAUGUGACUUUCAUCCACUCUGCAAAAAAAAAAAAAAAAAAAAAAAAAAAGCUCAUUAAAUCAUAGAGUUUAAUAUGUUAACCCAGACACUACUGCCAGUACAUUUAUCUGGCACAGCUUCGUUUGUACUACAAGUGCUGUAAUACUCAAAUAUUUCCCAGCAGUACUAUUAUUAAUUUCUUUUUGUUUAAUAUUUUCAGUAUGAUCUUAAUAAUUGAUGUCACCAUAGGUGUAAAGACAACUGCAGAUUGAAAGUUGAAUGAAUGCAUAAUUGCGCAGACAGAUCAGCAUACAUGUAGAAAUAAUAAAUUUAUAGCACAUUCAUAAAACAAGGAAUAUUAGUAUUAGCCAUUGUGUGUUUGUACAGCUUCAUUGCUGUAUACCAGAAUAAACAAACUUUAAUCCAUGUUUAUAAAUUACAGUGAAACCCAAAAGUUUUGAGACUAAAUUUGUUUUAUGCAAUACAAAUAUUUUUUCUUGCUACAUUUCUAAGGUUGUCAUUUAUUUUGUAAUUGGAAGAUGGCCAUUUAAUUGUACUGCGAUAUAACACAUUUUAUCUUUUACAUUAUGGUUGAGCUCAGUGUGUUUGUCUUUGAGCAACAAUGAUGAAAAUAAUUAUUGGGCUUUGUAUUGUAUGUGUGAAUGCAAGUGCAAACUGUUUGUUUAUUAUGGUAUGCUUUUGAAACAGUGUUGGGUGGGAGUAUGAAUGGAUAUGCUUGAUAAAAAGGUAGAUUUUAUAAUUUGCAAGUAUUUAAUGAUAGCCAAAGUUUUUAGCAAUCAAAAAUGGAGUUUGGAUAUUACACGACUCCUAAUAAUUAUUUGGUGUAGUUUUUGCAACUUAUUCUUUGCUCAAAUUAGUUGGUUUCACUUCUGUCUUGUCUUAUAUGCCAUCAAAUAUGGUAAUUGUUGCAGAUAUGUUUGGUACAUGAGCAUCAGCAUCUUGGUACCUACUUUAAUGGGCCCUUUUCAGCUAAGACAUUCUUAUUCAAUGUCCUAUGCAAAUUUUUCUGAGUAUAUGUUAAUUACCUUUUCUGUGUUUGUUGAAGGCAUGAAAGUUUGCAAUAUUUUUCAGACUUUAUUAAACUUUGUAGUCCCAAGUGUCUACAAUUUUUUUAGUAUGUACUAUGCCAUCAUGUUCAUCUUUAGAUAUGCAGGAUGAGAAGGAAAUUGUAUCAAUUUCUCUCUUGCUCUCUCUCAUUUCUUCUGAGUACCAUACAGUACUCUGUUUCUUCUGUAUUUUAAUUACAAUCUUUUUCAGAGUAAUUUUUUUUUAUAAAGUCAUGUUUAUAAGAGAAGAUAAGCGUAUCAUCUCCAAAUCAAUGCAGCUGCUGAAUAAUGUAUCGGCAUAAGGAAUAUUGGUGGAUAAAAACUUCUGAAGUCAAUUUGUCAGCAUUGUUUGUUACAUUUCUUAGUGCAAAACUUUUUUGCAAAGAAGGAAAGAAAGGGAUAUUGAAACUGAAUAAGUCUCAGUUUCAAAUACCUCAUCACAUUUAUAAAUAUAAUUUUAUUGCGAAUGAUGAAACUAACUGUACUGGUAUUGCAGGUUACCUCCAAGUGUGAUAUAUAUAUGUGUGCACAGGUUUAAAAUUUUAAGUGUAGCCUUACUAUCAUCGACUGAAAGACUACAAUAUCGGGCGCACAGAGCUAUACAGUGCUCCCAUACCUUGGCAGUACAGGUAUAUAUAUGAGUAUUAACAGUAUUCAAAGUUCUUAGAGAAUAUAUUGAGUCUUAAAAACUUGGCAGGCUUUUUGGUUUUUGCAUGUAAAUCAUAAUUGUAGGAUUGCAUUUAGUUAUUACAUAAUGCCUGCCAGCUUAUAAUGAAAUUUUCUUUUAUUCCAUAUAUUUGAUAUAGUCUUAAUUGCUAACCAUACCAGAAGGCCAGGAACCAGUUAGAACUUCCUGUCCGUCCAUCUACAAACCUGUCUGUUACUGGUAUGUUGUUAUUUCUAAAAAGCAUUACGACAAAGUUUAAAUUCAUUAGAACUCCAUUUAAACUAGCUUUUAUGUACAUCAGGAACUGAAUUCUAAAUAUCUGAUGCUACUGGUGUGUGUGUGUGAAUUUUAUUACAUAAAAUAUUUAUAUUUCAUGGGUUUAGUUAAAUUUUCUGUUUCAAUAAAAUGGCAUGGAUUACAAAUGUGAUAUAUUGUGUACUGUUGAUUUGACUAAUGAGCUGACUGCAGGAGGGUUCAAUAUAACCUGGUAUAGUUCUUUCUGAGCAAUGCCUUUCCUUUGUCUAGAUUAAUAAUUGAAUACAUUAAAAGUUUUUAUGGU